UUGGAAAUAACGUAAGUGAAUGAAUUUAAAGUCAUACUUACUCCGAAGGUUUACAAAUAUGUCUUCUAUUCCAUUCAUCGCCUGCCCAAAAAUUUGGUGGCUGCUUUAUCUAUGGCUUUCUCAAUUGAUGAACUGUGACAAGAGAUCGCAUUAGGAAUCUGGAAAUCAAAAUGCAGGCCAUAAAAAUGGCAGAUGUCGGUAAAAAUGUAAUAUGCUGGAUAAAUUUGUCCACAGGUUGCAUGUUGCCUGUGGGCCGCUAUUUGGUGACCCCUGGGCCCUGGUGCCCAUAAUAUUGGGGCAAAUUUGACAGAUCCUAUGUUUAAAGGAAUAUACAAUGGUAAUAAAAAGCAUAAAGAAGAUUUAGAAGAGGUUUUGGAACGUGCUUGGAAAAAUGAUCUUAAAAAGAUUAUUAUAACUAGUGGCAGCUUAAAUGAUUCCAUUGAAGCUUUAAAGAUAGCAUCAUUGAGUGAUAAUCUUUACUGCACUGUUGGUUGUCAUCCAACACGUUGUGAUGAGUUUACUAAAGCCAAGAAUCCCGAAGAAUAUUUAAAUAGUUUAACAGACUUGAUAAAAAAUAAUCGGUCUAAAGUAGUAGCAAUAGGAGAAUGUGGACUUGAUAAUCAACGGUUACAUUUUUGCUCCAAAGAGAUCCAAGAAAAAUAUUUUGAAAUGCAGUUAAAAUUAAGUGAAGAUUUUAACUUACCAUUAUUUCUACACUGCCGCGAUGCUGCUCCUACAUUUUUAGAUAUACUGAAAAGAAAUCCCAAUCUUAUAAAAUCAGGAGGCGUUGUACAUUCUUUUGAUGGAAGUUUAGAAGAAGCCAAAGACAUGAUUAACUUGGGGUUUUAUAUUGGAAUUAAUGGAUGCUCAUUGCGGACAGAAGAUAAUUUAAAAACAAUAUCAGAAUUGCCUAUAGAUCGUUUGAUGCUGGAAACAGAUUGCCCAUGGUGUGAAGUAAAACAAACACAUCCAUCUUAUUCUUACGUACAAACUAAAUUUAAUUCGGUGAAAAAAGAAAAAUUUAUUGAUGGUUCUAUGAUCAAAGGAAGAAAUGAACCAUCUACCAUUAGGCAAGUUUUGGAAGUAUUAGCUUCAUUGAAAAAAGAAGACCCUACAUGUUUAGGAAAUCAAAUAUAUCAAAACACUAUGGAUCUAUUUUUUAAAGAUAAAUAGUUUUUAUUCAUCUUAUUAUUAUUUAAAUAAUGAAUAUGUUUCUGA